CGCGCUCAUUGGCUGGCGGCGCGGGGCGGGGCUCCCGAGGCACCCUUCAGCUCAUUGGCGGGGCUCCCGAGGGGCGGGCUCCGGGCGCGCGCAGGCGGCAGUCAUGGAGGGCGUCGGCGCGGGCUUCCGGAAGGAGCUGGUGAGCAAACUGCUGCACCUGCACUUCAAGGAUGCCAAGACCAAAGUCAGUGGGGACGCGCUGCAGCUCAUGGUGGAAUUGCUGAAGAUCUUUGUUGUGGAAGCAGCCGUCCGCGGGGUCCGGCAGGCACAAGCGGAGGACGUCCCCCUGGUGGGCGUGGAUCAGCUGGAGAAGGUGCUCCCUCAGCUGCUCCUAGACUUCUAGGGGUCUCCGCCCUGCAGGGGCUGCUACAGGGAAGCAGGCCUCCUCUCCUGCGCCCCGGUUGCGGAUGGGGAGGGACCUGAGAGGGCUGCAGCAGAUUCAAACCAGAGUUCGCACCACGUGCCGGAGAUGCCCCUGCAGCCUUUGCAGAACGGCAGGACCAGUCAAGCCACCGCCUUCCUGGUGUCCUCUGCCCUCUGCUGGAGGACACAGGAUGGCGGAGGGUCUCGAGAGGACAGCCCCAUGGGGACGGCACCUGGGGGCCCUGCCUCUCCUCUAUGGGGAAACUGCGCCUGCUGUGCAGGGUCCCGGGGAGGCAGUCGCUGGGGAAAGGCCAGGACCCUUGGCCCAGCGAGGCGGUGGUGGCUCGCCUGUGUUUGCCGCCCCCUCCCCACACUUCUGCCCCCAGUGACAAAGCCGGUGUGUGACCUUUCAGGCCCUUGAUAUUCCCUCAGAAGAGCCUUCCCUGAGCUAUAAAUUUGUUCUCACAAAGCAACGUCAAUAAAUCAAAACCGUCUCUCCCA